CUAAAGGGGGGGACCACGUGACUGCGCGAGCUGCGAGGCCGGUUCGGUUGAGUCGGAGCAGCAUCAUGACGAAGCACGAGUUUUACGUGGAUAUGACGUGCGAGGGCUGCUCGGGAGCCGUGACACGAGUCCUCAACAAACUCGACGUGAAAUUCGACAUCGACCUUCCCAACAAGAAGGUCUUCAUUGAGUCCGACAAGGAUGCCGACGAACUCCUGGAGACGCUCAAGAAAACCGGGAAGACGGUCAAUUACAUCGGUCCCAAGUAAAGCGCCUCCUUUCCUCCGCCGGACGAGGCAGGUGACAGCCGCUCCAGCUGUGAUGGGGAAGGACUGUCCUACGCUGCAGGCUCCUCAGCGACGCACUGUGCUCCAGGGACCACUAGGUGGCGCUCUUUACAGCCACAACACUCUCCCCUCUCAGUAAAACAGAUGUUGCACAUUUAACUGGUUAUUAACAACAACUGUACAGCAGUUAUGAUUGUUUCCCUGUUUUUUUUUUUCCCCACACAUUUCUUCUGACUUCUAUUUCAUUUGAGGCUUCAGAGCAUUUUUUUUCUGCCUUUUCCAUUAUGUUGGAAUUAAAGUAGACUGUACCUGUG